GUGGCCGUGACCGGCGGGCAGGCAAGCAGCAUUCCACAUGUGCUCCCGGGUUUCCCGAUUGGUGUGCUCCGCCGAAGGGGCUGGUCCUGGAAGUCAGCUCCUGUGCCUGUCACAGAUGAUAUUUUUAUGCAAGGAAACAAAACCAGGAUAUCUGAUGGACUGUGUUAUCUUUACAGACAGCUUGGAGCUACAGAUGCAAGGCAAGAAGUUUUAUGCUUGAACUUUGAAACUAAGCUGAAAGGAUUCAGAUGUUUUUAUAUGAGAAUCCAAGCAUUAAUAAUGACUGUGUGAUCAUGGUUUUGGAAAGCUAAGAAUAUGUUUCCUGGCUACAUAUGCAGAUGUAUGUUUCUUAAGAAAAGCAAGAAUGAAUUUUGAUCUCUGAUGGAUGAAACCCAUUGGAAUGGAAACUAACAUCUAUGAAGAAGAACAGGGCUCACCUUAUCUUACAUCUGCCAAGUGCCUGGGAACUCCAAAGGAAGCCAAGUAUGAAGAAUACCAAAGAAAGACAGAAAAUCAGACAAGUCCAUAUGAAUUUCAGAAUUCAUUAUUGGAACCUGAGCUAAGCUUGCUGUCUGUGUCAUCCUUAUUGGACAACAAUGAGACAUCUUUACAACUUGGCAUGGCUGCAGGGCAUGCCAGUGCCACCAACCAGCCUGAGACAAAGCACCUUUGUGGAGAAUUAUCUUGUUCUACAAAGCACACAUCAAAGGAAGAUCCUUUUAACAUUCCCAGGAACACAGAAUGGCCAGUCCUCACAGGAAAAAAUUCAGACAAGAAACCAGAAACAAAUUAUGAGAUCAGAGUUAUAGAACACAAACCAUGUGCUAUCACAUUUUCUGAUUUUGAAUUUUUAUCACAUGAAGCUGACACUAAGCUCCAUAUUUGUGAGGCAGGAGAAGCAGAUGAUUUUUCUUCUGAAGAGGAAGAGAAAGGUAACAGAGGUGAUCAUGACACAUUUACAGAACUGCCACUUUAUGAGGCAUUUUUCAAACGUCUUCAGAGAAGGAAUGUUUCCCAAAGAAAGCAAGCUCAACAUGAAUUUACUAAAUAUCAGCACAUCUGUCAUUUAGAAGACUGCAAUAAUCAUUCUGAGAAGGCAUUGAAGGACCAUGACAAAGAAGAAAAACACAUGGAGCUAGAGUGCCCUGCUCAAGUAGAGACAGGCCUUUAUGGAGAUUAUCAAGAAAAAGGAUCUUGGAAAAAUAGAAGAGGAGACUACCAGUAUCUAAAUUGUUUACCUUACCGAAUGUUGACUGGAGCACGGCCUAAAUCUGACAUGCUGUUUCAGAAGCUGUGCAAGGAAAAAGCAGAUCUUGAAUGCAUCCAUCCCUGGAAGGCAUCCCUUUUCUCAAAAGUUUUUGUCCAGUCAUUUGGAGGACAUUGGAAUUGCAGGCAGAGGAGUGACAUACAACAUCUGCACAAGUUCUGGACAAGCGCAUCGUCUCCACUAUAUCAGCUAAAGUAG